AUAUCAUCAUCUCAAACCAACCACUGGAGCACGUGUCGUCUCUCACCGGCGGACCACCAAACAAAGGAAAGAAAGAAGAAGAAACCGGCAGCAAAAGGGUUGACAUGAAAGGUCUGUUUAAGUCAAAGCCCAAGACUCCCGUUGACCUCGUCCGUCAAACCCGAGAUCUUCUCAUCUUCAUUGAUCGCAAUUCUGAGACUCGCGAAAGCAAACGUGAAGAAAAGUUUGCAGAGUUGGGAAAGCUUAUCCGUGAGCUAAAACAAAUCCUAUAUGGGAACAGUGAAGCUGAGCCGGUUUCAGAGGCUUGUGCUCAACUCACCCAAGAAUUCUUCAGAGAAAACACACUCCGCUUGUUAAUAAUCUGUCUUCCAAAGUUGAAUUUAGAAGCUCGUAAGGAUGCUACUCAGGUUGUUGCCAACUUACAGCGGCAACAAGUACAGUCACGCUUGAUUGCAUGUGACUAUUUGGAGGCCAACAUUGAUCUUAUGGAUAUUUUGGUAUCAGGUUACGAAGACACUGAUAUGGCAUUACAUUAUGGUGCUAUGCUAAGGGAAUGCAUACGUCAUCAAAGUGUUGCUAGAUAUGUAUUGGAAUCUGAGCAUAUUAAGAAGUUCUUUAACUUUAUUCAGCUUCCAAAUUUUGAUAUUUCUGCUGAUGCAGCGGCAACGUUCAAGGAGCUCAUGACGCGACACAAGUCUACUGUGGCAGAGUUUCUGUCUAAAAACUAUGACUGGUUUUUUGCAGAGUACAAUGCAAAGCUUCUUGAGUCUCCAAAUUACAUAACCAGAAGACAAGCUAUCAAGCUAUUGGGAGAUAUGCUGCUAGAUCGUUCAAAUUCUGCUGUAAUGACGCGAUAUGUGAGUUCCAGGGACAACUUGAGAAUAUUAAUGAACCUACUCAGGGAGUCAAGCAAGAGCAUUCAGAUAGAAGCAUUUCAUGUUUUUAAGUUAUUUGCAGCCAACCAGAAUAAGCCAGCUGACAUCGUUGGCAUACUUGUUACAAACAGGAGCAAGCUUCUCCGUCUCUUCGCUGAUUUUAAGCCAGAUAAAGAGGAUGAACAGUUUGAGGCUGACAAAGCCCAAGUGGUUAGAGAAAUUGCUGGUCUUGAACCCCGAGACUGACCCUGAUCAACCCAUAUUGUUUUUAUAAUAGUAAUAUUUGGUUUAUGUUAUCCCUAAAGUUAUCUGUCAACUAGGGACAACUUUUUCUUUGCCAUUAUGUUGUUUCUUGUAUGUCUGUCCCAGAAAAUAAAGUAUUUGAAUGUAUAAGAUUAUGCAUGUUAUUGUAGUAAACUAGUCUUCGUUGCAAGGAUAAUGAAAAUUCUUUUAAUUCACUUAUUCAA